AGGAUGUGGAUCCCUCAGUUGGUCGCUUCCGGAACAUGGUGCAGACUGCAGUGGUCCCAGUCAAGAAGAAGCGGGUGGAAGGCCCUGGCUCCCUGGGCCUGGAGGAAUCGGGGAGCAGGCGCAUGCAGAACUUUGCAUUCAGUGGAGGACUCUACGGGGGCCUGCCCCCCACGCACAGUGAGGCCGGCUCCCAGCCGCACGGCAUCCACGGGACAGCACUCAUCGGUGGCUUGCCCAUGCCAUACCCGAACCUCGCCCCUGAUGUGGACUUGACUCCCGUUGUGCCGUCAGCAGUGAACAUGAACCCUGCACCAAACCCUGCGGUCUAUAACCCCGAAGCCGUCAACGAACCCAAGAAAAAGAAAUAUGCAAAAGAGGCUUGGCCGGGCAAGAAGCCCACACCUUCCUUACUGAUUUGAUAUUUUUGGUCAUGGAGGAGGGUGGGAUUGGGUGGGAAUUGGGUGGAAGGGUGAGGGGGGAGCUAAUGAACUAGGGAGAAAAACUUUCCAUGUGUGCGGUCUCGUCUUUCAGAAUGUCUCCUGGGGCCCUAACCGUGUACUAUUAAAGCUGGGGAAUAUCCCAUAAAGACCUGUCUUCAGAACACUUUGAGUAUAGAGCAGUGUUUCAUGUUUCCUGAUAAGUAGGCUGCCCUGGCUCUUUCCCAGGCCUUCCAUCACCUCCUUUUUCUUUUCUCCCUCGUUCUAGGGGCAUUUUGAUUUACAGGCGCGUUCCCUGGGAGGAGACUCCAGGCCCUCAGGUGGGAUCUAGAGCCGUGGUGGUGGCAGCAGCAUCACCAGCCUGUGGGGCCAGCAGCCUGAUUUCUGUUGACUGUCCCUGUAAGUCCCAGAUAGCGAAGGGGUUGCCGUGGAUCCCAGGGCGAUCAGAAGAGGGUUUAGAAUUCUUCAGUUAAGCUAAGGUUUCAACUCAGAGAUGUUUGCCUAGGUCACUGGUUUUGAGGUCUGAUAGUUAGGCUUUUUUCUCUUUUGUCCUUUCUGUUGGAAUGAGAACAUUUGGAUUUUCCUUCAUCUGUGACCAGUGCCAUAGACACGGAUGGGUAGUUGGAAACUUACAGUAUUGUUGGAACUUUACUUGUUUCUCUUGUCACAUCUGAGUACCCUACUUGCCGAAGUUUCUCGUUUGAUUCCAGAGUACUGUCCUCUACUCUCUAAAGUCUUGCUUUCCUUUUCAAGUGUGUUGUGAAGGCAAUUUUUUAAGGAUAUGACCAGUUAGAGCAGCAAUUCCAAUUAAAAAGGAAAAGAUUUUACUUUGCAAGUACCUGAUGUCUUGAAGAGGACAUUUUUAAAUGUUGGUUCAGAGGCUCUCCCCUCCUUUACUGAGAGCUCUCAUAACCCAGAGCUCCAGGACUGGGCCCAGCUAACAAACAUAGGAGACGAAGGUAGCAAACAGUGAUAGGAGCUUUGUACAGAGAUUUGUACAUUUGUGUAAUAGGCCUUUUCACGCUUUAUGUGUAGCUUUUUACCUGUAACCUUUAUUACAUUGUAAAUUAAACGUAACUUUUGUCAUU